CUCCCUUAAGAAGCUGGGCACAGCACCUGGUGAAAGGAAAGCAGGGCUGGGUCUGGGUCAGGUAGGACAGACUCCCAGCGCUACAGGAGCAUCGCCUGGUUUGGGGUCUCGAGGUUGCUUUGGAUUUUAUUUCCCCCCCUCUGGAUUUGAUCACUAAGGAGCAAAGAUGGGCUGCUUCAGUUUCCUCAAGGUUAUGAUGAUCUUGUUUAACCUGGCCAUAUUUCUUGGCGGAGGGACGCUCCUGGGUGUCGGGAUCUGGGUCGCCGUGGACGGGAGCUCAUUCUCCAACAUAUUUGGCUCGUCCAGCACCUUGCUGUUUGUGAACGUGAGCUACUUCCUCAUCGUCAUCGGCGCCAUCCUGGUGGUGCUUGGCUUCCUGGGAUGCUGCGGGGCCCAGAAAGAGAGCAAAUGCCUCCUGAUCAUGUUCUUCUCGAUCGUGCUGAUCAUCUUCAUUGCUGAGAUCGCUGCUGCGGUGGUGGCGCUGGUCUACACGUCUCUCGCGGAGACCAUCCUGGAAUCAACAGUGACUCCGACGCUGAAGGAUCAGUAUGGGAAGGUUCCUGAAGUCACGCAGUUCUGGGACACCACCAUGAGUAAGGUGAAAUGCUGCGGCUUGACGAACUACACAGACUUCAAUGACUCUUACUACUACAAGAAACACAACAACACGUACCCAGAGUUCUGCUGCAAACCCGUCAGCACCCAGUGCAAUGCGACAGCUGCACACGACAGCAACGUCCAGGGUUGCUUCCAGCAGCUGCUGAGCGACAUUCGCACGAACGCGGGCGUGGUGGGGGGCGUGGCGGCAGGGAUCUGUGCACUAGAGAUCGCAGCCAUGGUGGUAUCCAUGUACCUGUACUGCCAGCUGGAUAAGAAGUGAGGCCUGGAGAAGGCGGCGAGUCCUGUUCCCCUGGGCGGAAGAGGACGAACGAUACAUUCUUGCCUCUAUCUUGAGAAUCAAACAUUUCUUGGGCCCAACACACUCUCUAUCCUAUGCACUGUGAUUAGUUUUUAAAUGAUCUCCUGAGCUGACAGCUGUAGAGUGUGUGUUUGUGUGUGUGUGUGUGUGUAUAUAUAUAUAUAUAUAUUAUUUUACCUAGUGUGACGUAUCGAUAAUGUGUACAUACAAUCACUUCCGAAGUGGAAAGAGCUUCCGUUUCAUGCCGGAGCUACUGUGCCAAAGACUGAUGGGGCUACGGAUGCCGCUCUGUCCCCUCCGUGGGCUAUGUGAUCCUAGCUAGCUGGGGGGGGAGAUAGGGAGAUCUUGCUAGGAGAUGACCAGCCCAGAUGGCUGCUUGUGCUUGUUUUCCCAGCCCUCCUUGUUCACAAGAUCCUCUGGCCCAGUCUAAGUGCGCAGGAUUAGAUUCAACCCGGUGAUCGGCUGGUGUGAACCAAGAGUCUUCCAGUGACUACGCUGAAGCUACCGCUAACUGACAGCGGAGCAACUGCCAGGAGAGUCUAGAUUAGUGGAGAAGGCUUAGACCUCCUGGGGUGGGAGAGAACAUCCUGCCAAGCUAAACGGGCCAUCACUUCCUUCUUGCUUUAAGCAUGUAGGCCAGAGGGAUGCGUGUCGGCCAGAGGGAUGCGUGUAGGCCAGAGGGAUGCGUGUAGGCCAGAGGGAAGCGUGUCGGCCAAGGGAAAAGGUUUCGGGCUGCUCUGGCCUUGACUUUCCGUCUCUCUCCCUUCAACUCUCUCCCGGGCCACCCUCCUCUCUUCAGCUUCCGCACCCUCCCACUUGACGGCGUGGGGCUGGGUUAGAAGGCACAAUGCAAUGCUGGGAGCUCACCAGACUGAGUCUGUCCUGUAUAUUUUUACACUGUGAAGAACCCCCCUCCCCCAAUUAAUUUAUAAUCUCAAGUGUAAAUUAUUUUCUGAAUGUGGAAUGAAGGUUUGCGCACAAGAUGUUCCAAUAAACUCUUUAACCAAGGACUCGA